AUGGCAAGGAAACCUGAAACCUGGUACAGGGCAUUCUUUUCUCAUGGGCAUGCUUGUGAAGCAGUAGAGAAUAUGGUUGUAGAAUGUUUCAAUGACAUGAUCAAAGAAAUAAGGAAUAAGCCUCUACUCACAAUGCUUGAGGAAAUAAGGAUUCUCCUUAUGAAAAGGUUGUGGACAGUGGUGCCAAGUGAUGGUGAUGUGUUUGAGACUAGGUAUGGCUACAAUAGAUACAAGGUUGAUUUAGCUGCUUGCACUUGCACCUGCAACUUGUGGAUGUUGUCGGGCAUACGAUUUGGGCCUUUUAUACCAAGAAGAGAUGAUGCUCCUCCCCUAGUUUCAGAAUCUGGUGAUCAAGUAGGUGGUCCUGCUGUUAGUCCUAUGAAAAGGACUAAGAUGAUGGCAAGGAGAGGAGGAAAAACUAAAGUGUUUGGAUCAAUGAACAAAACACCAAAGAAAACACCUAAUGCUUUACUAACUAGCUUGCCAUAUUGUAGGUUUAUGGAGAAGUUGAGGAAACAGGUGUUGAUGAAAGAGAUGUUCAGAAAAGAGAUGUUCAGGAAAAAGAGAUUGAAGAAAGAGAGGCUGAGGAAGAAUAAGUUGAAGAGAGAGAGGGUGAGGAAGAAGAAAUUGAAGAGAGAGAGGUUAAGGAAGAAGAAGUUGAACGCAGAGUGGUUGAGGAAGAAGAAGUUGAAGAGAGAGGGGGGGGGGGGGGUUGGAGCAAGAGUGAUACCCUUGGGUCAUGGUUCUUACAAGUUCCAUUGGGAGAAAAAGAGGAAACCCUCUGAAAGAAUUAGGAAACUGAAGCUCAGGAAAAUGAUUGAAGAUGCUGAUGAUGGUGGUUCUUCCAAAACCCCUUGGGUUUUAGAUUAA